AUGGCGCACCCACGUCAUUACCCUCGUGUCAAUCGGGGAUGUGUCGCACACCCUCCUCCUGCCGCCGAACGCUCCCCAGAAAUCAACCACAACCACAAUCGCAAUUACCACAUCCACAAUGCGCACCAAAACCCGAAGCCCAAGCCUAAGCCGAAGGCCAACCCAAUCGACCCUCACCACCAGUACCAUCAACACCAGCACCAACACCAACAUUCAAUGACACCACCACCCUCCCCACCACCAGAAACAGCAGACCCUCCCGUCCAACACCACGUCCAUUACCACACCUACCCUAUUCCUCACAACUUGAGACUCCCAACUCCAAUCCCCACCGAAAUCGCAGAGAAAGUCCAAGAUACCGAUAAAGAAAUAAACCAUCAUCGACACUCCCACCACCAUGACCACCAGUAUCAUCAUCAUCACCACCAUGCUUCACGGGCUGCUACUACGCCCAUGCCUACCCCCAAGGCACACUUAUGUCGCCAUGGUCACCGCCAUGUCCACGGGCAGUUCGCGGGCCACUGUAAGCACCACCAGAGACAUCCGAGGACCCAUAUGCAUACGCAUACACAUACCCAUGUGCAUAACCAUGGUCCUGCUCCUGCUCAUGCUCAUGGACAGGAAGGACGGUAUGCAUAUGGACCUCCGUUGCCAGUGUUUGUGAUGGGGUUUCCUACAGGGCGGUUUUAA